AUGCAGUGCCAAUGGAGGAGACAUCGAUCACAAAUGAGAAGAGCCGCGACGGUGAUAGCUCUCUGCCAACCAUUUGGAUCUUCAGAUGCAAGGCGCGAUAUGGAAAUGAUUGCGAUUUGGUUCCACUCGGAACUCCAGGAUUCUGGACAAAUGGAAUUCACACGAUUCUCGGGCAUAUAUCCUCAAGCGGUAGUUGAUGUCCGGGUAAGGCAUCAUAUCAGCAAGGGGUAGGGAUUAAAGGCCAUGUGCCGCGGCACGGUCCCCGGCAAAGCAGUUGAUAACUGGGAGCAGCCCAGGUUCAGAGUUCAGACUGGUGGACUGGCAGACUGGCAGACUGGCUUGGGACGAAGUUGGGCUGCAGACAAAUUUCUGCCAGAUCCAAAGUCAACAUCGUUCGAUAAUGACCAUGAUCUUUAG